AUGUUCGCUAAGGUUGUUAAGUUCGCCAGACCUACUGUUUACCGCUCUUUCGCUACCUCCCGUUGGGCUGCUGUUGCUCAGGCUCCCCCAGAUGCUAUUCUCGGACUGAACGAGAUGUUCAAGGCCGAUAAGGAUCCUCGCAAGAUUUCUUUGGGAGUGGGUGCUUACCGUGACGACAACGGAAAGCCCGUGAUCCUUCCUUGCGUUGCGGAGGCUGAGAGACGCAUCGCCGGAAAGAGCGACCACGAAUAUCCUCCCAUUCAGGGUCUUCCUGAUUUCAACAGAUUGGCUGCGGAGUUUGUCUAUGGCGCUAACAGCCCUGCCAUCAAGGAGGACAGAAUUGCUGUCUGCCAGGCUCUUUCUGGAACUGGUUCCCUCCGUCUGAUUGGAGACUUCUUGAAGAACGUGAAGGGAUACGAGCGCAUUUACAUCCCCAACCCCACUUGGCCCAACCACUUCGGUGUGUUCAAUGCCGCUGGCAUUCCCAACGAGAAGUACCAGUACCUGGAUGCCAACAACCGUCUGAAUAUUGACGGAAUCCUGAAGGCGAUCAAGGCUGCUCCCAGCAACUCUGCCUUCUUGUUCCAUGCCUGCGCCCACAACCCCACUGGUGUGGAUCCCACCAAGCAGCAGUGGAAGCAGAUUUCUGAUGCUGUGAAGGCUGCCGGUUGCGGAGUUGUCUUCGAUUGCGCUUACCAGGGCUUCGCCUCUGGAGAUAUGGAGGGUGAUGCUUACGCUAUUCGCCUGUUCGUGGAGGAGGGUCACCAGAUCUGCCUGGCCCAGUCCUUCGCCAAGAACUUCGGUCUCUAUGGAGAGCGUUGCGGAGCUGCCUCUGUGGUGUGCGCCAGCAAGGAGGAGAAGGAGCGCGUGCUCUCUCAGCUGAAGGUUGCUGCUCGUACUCUGUGGUCGAAUCCUCCUCUGUACGGAGCUCGCAUUGUCCAGACCGUCCUGGGCGAUCCCAAGCUGAAGGCUCAGUGGUACGAGGAGUGCGCUGGAAUGGCUCACAGAAUCAUUUCGAUGCGCCAGGCUCUGGUCGAUGGUCUGAAGAAGGCCGGAUCGACUCGCGACUGGUCUCACAUCACCAGCCAGAUUGGUAUGUUCGCCUACACUGGCUUGACCAAGGAGCAGGUCGAGCGCUGCAUUAAGGAGUUCCACAUUUAUCUGACCAUGAAUGGUCGUAUCUCCAUUGCUGGACUCAAUACCAAGAACGUGGAUUACGUUGCUAAGGCUUUCCAUGAGGUUACCAAGAACUAAGCCAUUUGAAUUCAUGGUUGUUUCAAUUACAAUUACGAGUG